AUGGAUACCCACAAGUGCAAGUUAUGCUCGAGUUCAGCGAGGCUGGGGUUCAUCCUGACGUUGCCCUGUUCGCAAACGUCGGCGUUCUGCAUCAGUUACGUCACGAGCGUGGACGAGCACAGACCACCGGGGCUCCUGACGCGCCUUGCCGGCACUCGGCGGCGCCUACGUGCAGGGACACUGCGAGCUGAGGGUGGCUCAGAAGACUCGAGAACAGCAGAGGAGUCGAACUCAAAGGUCGAUGGCUCUAGUCACAGCUCGGGCAGUGUGCACGGGUACGGGGAGCCGGUGCCGUCGAUACCGACCCGGCCGUUUGACGCCUCAGUAGUGCAUCCGUCCUGGUAUAUAAACAUGCGGCCCGACAAUCCUUGCGUGGUUUGUUUAGGAGAAGGCUACAUACGUUGCAUGCAUUGCUACGGGGCAGGGUACGUGGUCGUGGGGCCCGAGCCCGAAGAUUUUCCCGAACGAGACCGUGAAGUCUGCACUGUUUGUUACGGAGAAGGCCGGCAUCAAUGUCGCCGGUGUGAAGGCACGGGCAAGCGUCCCAUGUGGAUCAUCGACCCGGCAACUCGAGAGCGACGUUCGAUAUCGCUGGAGCGGGACCUGCCUUGGAAAAAAGCGCUGAUGGAUCUCGCAGAAACAGAGUUGCGACGACAGGAAUCGGAAAAGUCGAAAGAUGCAUAG